AGGUCAGUCUUCGAAAUAAACUCUUCCAAACAUGAACUCGCUGUGUCUGCUCGCUGUGUGUCUGGCUCUGGCCAGCUGUUGCCUCGCCAGCCCCUGGGCCAAGCCCACCGGCCAGCCGGGCUGCCAGACGGAGGAGGAGCUGGCGGUGGGCGCCUAUCGCCACUUCUACCUCAAGAACCAGUACUGGGUAUGCCAGGUGCGGGGCGUGCCGGCCUCGCCGGCCUACUGUCCCAUUGCCCAGGCCUGGCUGGAUGAUGUCAAGGCCUGUGUGCCCUACUCCGAGUGGUACUGGACGGCAACAGUGGCUCCACCAAGUCAGCCUCUUGCCUGAAUGGUUUUGGUUUACGAA